AUGGGUUCGUGGCCCGUCGAGCCAGAGGGAGAUGCGGCGGAGGGCGGGCAGGGACGCCGGAGCGAGGGCGCCCCAGAGGGCGGGGCCGUGGAUGUGGAGGAAGUCUGGGGCGCCGGCGCGGAGGGCAAUGUUGAGGGUGCGGAGGCGCGGGAGGAAGGCGUAAACGGGGUGGAUUGCGCGACGGUGGCGGCGGAUGAACAGGGCGUAGAGGGUGUCCUUGUCGGUUAUCGUGAGGGUCGUGGACUUGUGGAGGGACGGCAGGGACUCGAUGUAGCUGUGGGAGGCAAGGGAUUAGGCUCGUUGGUACGGUUUUGGCAUGUGGCAUAUGGCAGUAUGGCACGUGAGAAUGCGACAUGUGGUCGUGACGUGAGGGUGUCGGGCGGCAGGCAGUUUGAGACAUGGGGCGUGGAGUGUGUGGCGAGGGGCACAGUUGAUGGAAGAUGGACCUACAUUCUCUGGCACGACAGCAGCAAAGGGAUGCAAGAAGAGAGCCCGUCUUGUUUCUCCUCUCCGCUGCCAUUGGGCGUGCGUCUUUGA